AUGCAAUCAGUAUUUCAGGUAGGUCACGAACAAGCAAAGCAUAAGCGAAAUCGUGUUUCACUCAAUUGUUUGUCAUGCAAACGGCGUAAAAUUAAAUGUGAUAGAAAUAAGCCUUGUGGUUCAUGUGUCAAGUAUGGAUCGGUUUGUGAGUACCUGCAACCGCUGUGGAAUAAAGCUGACCAGGAUGAGCAAUUUUCUGUGCAGCGUUUAGAUUUUUUGAGCUCUAGACAUGGAGAUGACGGGGCUAUCAAGAAACGUAAGACAAGUCAAGGAGAAAGGAAGAGUGAUGUUGGUAGUAUUGAGAGUGUUGAUAUAUCCGAGAAUGUUAAUCCUCACCCUGAAGCUAAUACUGGUGGUGUUUUUGCUCAGUUGGAGUUCUUGAAAUCUAAAUUACACGAAUUGGAAUCAAAAAUGCAUGAUGGAAAUGGAACUUAUCAAACAUCUAAUAACUCCACACCUGCAACUGAGAGAAAGCCUCUUGACUGGGAGACGAUCACCUCAUCGGCACACAAUGACUCAUCGAACCCUACUUUUGUUGGAAUUAAUCCACACAAUGAUACUGAUCCUGAAGAAACUAUUAAUUUCUAUGCAGGCUAUGCACCCGUACAUGUUCAGGACUUAGCUAGACGAUACAACCAUGGUCCAUUUGCUUGGUUGACGUUAUUGAAAAAAGAUCCUGCCCAAAGUCAAGUUUGGAAAUACUUGCAUUCAGUUCGUCAAGAAAAUCGUCAAAGGAUCCGACAAACUCCACGUGCUGCUCAAUUACCACCUUUAAUUCAUGUUUUCAAAGAUGGGGAUUCACAAGGCGGAGCAAAGUCUGUUCAUGGUUGUUGUGGCCACGAUGGUGUUGAUAAGGAUGCUGAAACAGAUAAAUCUGACCAGCCUCAGUGUAAAAAGAAGGAUCGUGGUCAAGAAUGGGAAUUUCGUGAACGAGCAAUUGAUCGUGACGGGUUCAAUGAUUUGAGGCUUUAUGGCAAUGUUCGAACUAAUUUCAAACAACUGGGAAUCAGAGAUGGUACUGCGGCUGCUAGCACACCGAAAGCAACAACUUCUGUGGAAGAUAAAUCAGAGUCCAAAAAGGAUGUUCCUAUUAGCCCUGAGCCAGAGAAGAAGUCAAGAGGUGCCAUGUCAUUUGGCAAAGGCAAAAUCGAAGAAGAAUUGAAUUUGAUUGAAAAUUUGAAGGAUUAUCUCCCUAAACAGAAAGCUAUUUGGAAAUCAAUUGAGUUGUUCUUUACCCACUUGUACCCAUUUUUCCCAUUACUUGAUGAACAAGAUUUUGUCCAUGAAAUGGAACGCAUAUUGGGACCUAAAGGUUACAAUGACUCCAAAAUAACCGAUUUGAAAAUUGAAAAACGACUUGAUCUUGCAUACUUGGGAACACUUUUCAUUGUGAUUCGAUUUGCUUACGUUUCACUAGUCACCAACAGAAGAACCAUUAUGGAUCAAAAGUUGGCCAAUGAAACAGAGGAUGUACAUGAAUUGGAUGUACAGUAUUUGCUAAUGAACCCAGCUGAAAUGAAGCUUAUCGAAAUGGCAGAAUUAUGUCUUGAUCAAUUCAAUUUAAAUCGUAGAAGUGCCCUCAUUGUUUUACAGUGCACUUUUUUUCUUCGUUUGUAUUAUAUGUUUGGACCUGAGCAUGGUGAUGGUGCCGAUGGUGGAGAUUCGCAAGUGAUUAAUGGAUUAAUGGUUCAAAUGGCACUUGCUAUUGGAUUGCAUCGUGACGGAUCAGUGGUUACAAAUAUGAAUGAUAUCAUAUCUGAUUCUAUUGAGGGUUCUGUUGCUGAAGAAGAUAGCACUAGGAUUCAAAAUCUUCAUCGCAAAAUUUGGUUUUUUUUGGUUAUAUGUGACUUGAUACAGGGAUAUCAAUAUGGUAAUCCAUUAUGUGUCAGAGAAGAGAUGUAUGAUACUCGCUUGCCCUAUUAUGAACCGGGGAAUGAAAACAUCGAUGAUGUUGAAAAAGAAAAAUAUGUUGUUAGUACAUUUGCUUACCUUGAAAAGUAUCGUACCAAGUUGGUGAAUAUAUUGAACUCUUGUUUGAAUUUACAUAAACCGGCUAAUUUGAAGAUCCUUACUGGUUAUAUUUCCGAAUUUGAAGUGUUUCUCAAUAACAAUUUUGGUAUAAUGAAGUUGUUUCUUAUACCUUAUGAUGAAGAUAAUUAUGCUUAUCCAUUUUUGAAAAUUAUGAAGUGCAAAAAUUAUAUCAAUAUGAAAAUGUUUCUUAACGGGUUAUUGGCCCAUUUGUAUAUCCAUUAUGAAGCACAAGCAAAAGAUCUGAACCAACCACUUGACAAACAACAGAAGCUGCAAUCAUUGGCGUUUUUCUACUUGAGAAAAAUUAUGGCCUCAUUGUAUGGUGAAUUUUUACCCCACGUUUUCCAAUUGCUUUGUGAAAAUGCUAAAAAUUUCGGUACUGAUAUCGGUAGCGAUUUGAUUUUGAAUCCAUUUAUUGAAUCAAUGUUGCACAAGAUUUCUCAAUUUAGUUUUGCAAUGUUGACACGAUUGAAUUCGACGAUCUAUUUAAUGAGGUCUAAUCCUGUAGCACAUGAAGCUGGAAUGAGAUCCGGGUUCACUUAUCGGUUAAAAUAUGCCAAAUUAGUGCAAUUGAGUCAACUUUUGGAAAGAAUCUGUGAAGUGGUCAUUAUGUCAAUGUCGCGAUUGAGUCAACGGUAUUAUUAUGCAUGGAGAAUAACUAAAGCUCAUUCGUAUAUUAUGACUCAUUGUAUGAGGAAUCAAGAGUUUUUCAAACUUUUCCAUGAGAAGAAACAAUUAAGGACGUUUUUGGAAUGUGAUGAUGCCCAAUUGAAUGAGCUUAUAGCACUUUGUGAAAAGGGUCUGAAACCAUACAAUAAAUGCAAGAAAAGGUUUGGCAAGAUGUUUACAGAAACUUUCAACGGAAAUCAUAAUAGCGCCGGUGAUAAUGUUGAAGACGCUGGUGGUGUACAGUCACGACCAACAUCAGGAAAUACCAAUAGAGGGGAGACAAGAGUUAAUGGUAGUGGUGAUGUUUCCCAGGUGCAUACACACCAAAACCUGGUUGGCUCAAACGCGCCAAGUUCAGCAACCGAAUACUCCAACAUCUUAACCAAUCCAACGUCAUCCGAAUCCUGGUCAAGUCUUGAUGAUUUUAACACUGUAUCAAACACAGAUAUCGAUAAUUUAUGGAUCUCACUCAAGAUGAAAACGAGUCCAUUUACCAAUGACAACAAUCAUGAUCAAAAUCAAAGUGGAUUUCCUAAUACAAACAUUGGUGGAUCAGUGUCUGGACAUACUCCAUUUACGCCAUCGGUGAUGACUCCAUUUUGGCAGUCUUUGGCACAACCAUAUAACCAACAACAGCAACAACCACUACAGCAGCAUCCGCAACAACAACAAAACUACCAACAACCUGCUGGAUUUAACGAAGGCGGUAGUACCAACAACCCUGAAAAUGAUGCAAAUUCUAGUGGUCAAGGUAGUGGUGGACAUGCUGGAAACGCAAAUGGAGGCGAGUUGAAGACAUUGAAUGAUUUCGAUUUGUUUAACAGUUUCCCCUUGGAAGAAAUGUUGGGUAUAGCUAGUAUGAACUUGCCAUAG